AUGAACUAAAAGUAGAAAUAAACACUUUUAAACUAUUUUUGCUAAUGUAGCAAUGAUAAAAUAAAUGUUAUCUCUUAAAUUAGGGAUUUUCGAAACAAUGAUAUGGUAAAUGUUGUUGCCAGAGCUAAUCUAGCUUAAUAGUUAAUAUUAUUUUAAUAAAACAUACAUGAAGCAUAUGAAUUAUUAAUUGAUUUAAUAGGACUUGAAUCAUAAAAUGUAAAAUGUGUUAUGCACACUGCAGCAAUCAACUUUCAAGUUUUUGAAAUUUUGGGUAUUUAAAAAUAAUGCCAACUCUUGAUUGAUAUAGCAAAUAAUUAUUAAAUACCAGAUUGUGCAGUUCAUUUAUUUUUUACAUAACCAUAUUAAGAUUAAAUGAAAGAGACAGCAUAAAUAAAGAAUUAAAGAAUUAGAUAUUUGUGUAGAUGUCAUUUAGCAUUUAUAUUAGAAAUUCCUGAUUCAGAAAUAGGACAUUUGAAUGAAAUUUUAAAAUUUACCCGCUUUUUUGUUAUGGAUUCAAAAAUAAUUAUUAAUGAUGAUGUUAUAUUCUAUUUAAGAAAUGAAUUUAAUCGUCUUUAGAAAUCAGAACUACAUGAACUUGGAUUCUCUCAAUAUAGUAAAAGAAACACACUUAAUUUAAUAAAGAAAAAAGAAUUUAUAUAGAUUGAUAAAAAAAUAAUUAAUCAUUUUACUGUUGAAAUAACCGUAUACAAAUUAAUUGCAUCUAACUUUUAAUUAAGUUUUAUAAGUUCAAUUUAAAUAAUUAGAUUUAAUAUGUUAUUACUAAACUUACUAUAUAAAUAUAAUAAUGAUAUUGAUCUCUCCUUUUAAUAUAAUGAUAUGGAGAAUGAUCCCCAAUAGAUUUUUCCUUAUUUACUCUAAAUAAUCACUUUAUUAAUUCAAUUAAAUUAAGAAAAAAUUAUAAUUAAAGUAUUAUCUUUGAUUCACACACUUAAAUUUACAAAGAUGGAUGAUAUAUAAAAAGUCAAUGAUUCAGCUAAUCUUUUAUUAAAGUAAUAACCAAAUCAAUAGAUUAUUGAUUCUUUAUUACCAGUAUUUAAGAAAUAUACUUAAGAAAUAUAUCAUAGAUUUGCAAUAUUUAGUAAUCAAUCAAUUGACUUUUCCACUGUUUCAAAAGAAUAAACUAUACAUAAUUUAAUCACUUCAAUUUUUAUUAAAUAAGAUAAAGAUUAUUUGGCUGCCAAUUUUGAUAAGUUAUAUGAAUUAAUGUGUAAUGGUAUUUAACUUAUAGAAAUUUAGUUGAUUCAAAUAAUCCAAGAAGAGACGUUUGCGAAUUCCUUGAAUUAGUUUACUUAUUAUAGUAUCGAUAUGAUUAGAAAUUUCUUCAAACUAAAUUGACAGAAUUUUUUUCUUAUUCUUAGGAAGAUUUAAAUAGCACUCUAUUAAUGAUUUAUUAAUAAUUAGAAAUAGAUGUGAAUAUCAAGUAACCUUAAACACUUUCUUUUGAAUAUAUUUCUAUAAUAUCUAAGUUAUUACACUUAAUUUUAGUUAUAUGUUAGAAUCCAAAAAAUAAGAAUCUUUAUAUGGAAUAUUUCUCUAUGUAGAUGCAAUUCAUUAAUAAUUUUGAUAAGAAAUUACCAAAGGAAUCUGAUUAUAAAAAUAAAGGCAAAAUAUUAAAUUGUCCACUUAGUAAUGAAAUGACAGACAUAAAAAAAGCAAAAGCAAUGUUAUUGAACUUAGCCUUAAUAGAAAGAGUAUAUAAACUACAUAAAAUUGAUAAUCGUUAAAUUUUAUUAUUGAAAUUAUCUAUUCUAUCAUAUCAUGAUAGUGUUCCAGAAUACUUACUAUUAUAAUUAUCAAAAUCUUCAUAAAAUUUUAAAGAUUUAAAGAAAUAAUAUCCUAAUGCUUCUAUAAUAAAGGAAAUUAACUUUUAUUCUAAAAUUGAGAAAUUAAAAAAGAAUUUUGGUUAAGAAAUAAAAUUGAAAUCUUUAUAAGGGGUUCCUACAUUAAAUAAAUUUUUGAAACAUGCUCAAAAACUAUUAUUUUAGAAAUAAUUGAGUGUAAUAACUAAAUUAUAAAUAUUGGAAUAAUUAAUGCCUUAAUUAACUAGUUCUUUAUUUGAAUUUUAAGAGAAACCAAAAUAUCAAGAUGAAUUAUUUUAAUAAUCAGAUAUUCAUAUAUUUAAAAUAGAACAUAAAGAAUUUAUUUCAUUUUAUUUAGGUAAUGGUGAAUUAUGCACUCCAGCUCUAUUUAUAAAUUAUAGAGCAGAAGCUAUAUAUGUUUAUUUACAAAUAUGCUAUAAGUUAUUAAAAUUUUUAAAACAUUUAGGUUUUUAUAAAACUAUAAAUACAAUAUCUAAUUCUAUUAUUUUAUUCUCUCAAAGAGCUUUAGGAAUAACUGUGUUAGUGAAUAUAUAUUCAUAAAUACCUUGGUUAAUUGAAACUUAAUAAUGGUAAUAGAUAACAGAUGGAGUUUGUAAUGUUGUGAAAUAUUUGAAUAAAAAGUAAGAUUAUGCAUAAGCUACAAGUGAAAAUACAAGACAAUCCUUGUAUCGUUAAAGAAGAAGUUAAUGGGCUAAAUUAAAAGAAUCUCAUGCUAAAUUAGUAUAAUGUUUUGAUGAAAACAAUUUAUUGAAAGGAAAAUUCUAUAAAGCUUUUUUUAAUUUUACUUUAGAAUAUUUAUGUUUAUUGAAUCAUUCAAAUCCUUAUUUGUAUGAAAAAUUAUUAUUAAAAUAAACAAGAUCAUUUGAAUUGAAAACAAAUUGCAUAAUUUUAAAAUAAUUAUUUAGAUGUACAGAUGCUAAAUAAUAUUGUUUUUUGGUAGAUGAAAAUUGUAGACAUGAAUUAGUUUUAGAUUAAGUAAUAUUAGAAUAGAUAAUUCCUGUUCUUGUAUUGGGAUUAUGUGAAUAAUAAAUUAAUUAAAAUGUAUGCAAUUAUGGAUAUUAGAUGUUUAUAUUAAUUUAAAAUUAAUUAGCAUAAUCACUUCAUUCUAAUAUUGAUUAAUCUAAAUUAUAUAUGUAUUUAUAUUUAAGAUUAAAAGAAUUUCUGGCUGAUUUUUAACCUUAAUUUAUUAAAUAAAUAUAAUGUAAAUGUCCAUAAUAAAAAAAAUAUGAUAAAAAUAAAUUUGAAUUUGAUUUGAUUGCAACUUUAGCUUCAUUUUAAAUGAAUUAAAAAAGAAUACUCUUAUAAUAAGAAGAUAUCUCUAUUAUGAAAUGUGAAAAUCUAAGUAGAACUUCUGAAUUAGCAAGUAUUAUUGAUAUUUCAAUUAAAAGAGACAUUGUUGUAAUUAAUUUUUUUGAAUUUAAUGGAGAAAAAAUUAUAUUAAUCUCUAAAUAUUGUCAUGCAACAAAAUAAUGUAUUAAUAAAUAAGUCAAUCUAAUUAAUAAAUGCUUAUAAUUUAAAGAUGCCUUGAUGUAUUAUCUAAACUUAAUUUAAGAAAAUAUUGAUUGUUUAGAUGAAACAUCAAGUGCUCCUGGAUAAUGGUGGUCAAGAAGAGAUUAUUAUGAAUAAUAAUUAUUAAAAAGAUAAUCAAGUAUAGAGUAUGCAUUAUCAGAUCAUAUAGAUUUUAUUUAUAAAUCUGAUAGUCCUUUACUUAUAUUAAGUCCAUAAUUAUAAUUACUUCCAUGGGAUCAUAUCAAAAAUACUGUAUUUAAUAGAGUUUUAUCUUUGGGUCAUAUUUUGGAUUUAACUAACUUACCUACUGAUCCAAAAUAAGAUUUAUUUUAUGUAUUAAAUCCAGGAAAUGAUUUAUAAAAAUCAGAAAAGAAAAUAUUACCAUUAUUAAAAUAAUAUAAUUUAAAAGGAAUAGUAAGAGAAAAACCAAAUAAAGAAUUAAUUGUAGAAUGUUUAUAAAAGAAAGACUAUUAUUUUUAUAUUGGACAUGGAGGUGGUGAAUAAUAUAUUAAUGAAAAAUAAGUUUUUUAAACUUAAAUUUAUUUAAGUGGAAGACCUUAUUUAUUAGGUUGUAGUAGUGCAUAAAUGAUUGAUUUAGGAAAAUUCAAAGGCACUAAUCUAUCUUUUUAAGAAAUUUAUUUGGAUCAUGUUGAUUGGCAUGGAUUGGCUGUUUCAUAUCUUCUUAGAGGUUGUCCAUCUCUAUUUGGAUCACUUUGGCCUAUUACUGAUAAAGAUGCAGAUUAAUAUGCCUUAGAUUUCAUAAAUGAAUAUGGAAAAAACUAAGAUCUUAAACCAGAAUUAAUUAUAAUGUAAACAAAGCCAAAAUGUAAUUUGAAAGUAUUAAAUGGUGCUGCAUUUGUAUUAUAUGGAAUACAUGAAAUGAAAUGA